CAAACACCAACCAGGUUGUUGACAACCUACACACACGCGCGCACCCUCGUCGAGAGAGGAGCAAGCAACUCCUACUGCUGCCGCAAGCGGGCGGCAGUGUUCUAAUGGUGGUUGGGGGCGGCUUUUAAUGGUUAGCGCGAAAAAUAUUGUUGUUAUUGUGUUUUUCCUCAUAAGUGGACAGUUGCCGCGGACAAGGCAAAAGCUCAGUCACACUUUGGCAGGCGAACGUGGAGGGACGAGCUAACGGACUUGGCCGCUAGUUCUGUGGUCGGAAAAUUGAGCGACUGCUAAAUGGAACAUGUCAUCAUCAGGUUUUGACAGGUUCGAACCUUCGUGCAAUGAAUGAUGGGCUGCGGUUCGUCCAUGGAGACGCAAUCGAAUCCUGGCGUGACAGAGGUCAGCACAGAACUGCGACGAAAUAGUGCCGGCGCCGCCGGUGUAACGAACAUUAUCAAUGAUUAUAUGCGCUUGGACGAGCAGAUCAGCAAGAUGGAAGGCAGUUGUCCGGGUCCCAGAAUGGCCACCGCCGAGGCCUGGAUCGAGCAUCUGCAAGGAAAGCAUGAUGGGAUGUUGGGAUUGGAUGGCAUGGAGGUGGCACAACGUCAACGGGAAGAGCAGGGCACCACCGACAUGGAGGCUUUGUCCCUGCAAAGUUACCCCCAGAAACGGGACGGCAAUCAAAUUGUGGCCAACACGCCCACCAAGGACCUGGCCCAGCUUGCCUACAACCUGGGCGUGAUUGGUGACACAAGCAAGGCUUCCAUGCACGAGGAUUUCUUUGCCAACCUGAGCGAGUCCGCGCUCUAUUUGCUCAGCAUUCGCUACUAUGGGGAACUGCUUGAGCAUACCAAGGAGCGCCUGAAGACGCUUGCCGAGAACUACGCGGAGCUAAACGAGCUGUAUGUGAGGCAAGAUGGGAUCAUAGCGUACAUUAGUGGUGGCACCUACAUGACCCGCCUGGAGGAGACCAUUGAUGAGCAGCUAGAGACGGCCCGCGAUACUCGCGACAAGUUGGGCAGCACCUUGGAGCAGUGGCGCAUCUGUGGACUUCUCCUCCGAGCAGCCGCCAACUCCUCCUCGCAGGCACUGAAGCAGUGGCGUCAGCUUAGUAGGAUCAUUGAUCCCAGGCAAAAGAUGCAAUGGGCGCUGGACUGCCGGAGUCUUCUUCACGCAUCAAUGAUCUCGCUGGAAGCAGCUCAGCUUGCCCUGCCCCACGUGGAGCUGAAGUACAUGAGCCAUCGCCAAGUGCUGGCCGUCAAGCAUUGCAAUACCUACCUGAUCACGGAUAUAGCCAACAAGGCGCGUUAUGAGCACACAAGCCGCGUCUUUGGGACCUACGAGGCAAACAUGUCCAAGACAUGCACAUGGCUCUACGAGACAUUCAACAACACGCUUCGCAUCGAUUUUGAUAAGGCCGAAUGCGCUGUGUCCCGCUUGUCGAAGACACUGCGCGACCAUCGCGGGGAGCUCUUCAUUACAGUGCGCAAAUGAGAAAACUAUUCGAUUGCUUACUUUUGUUGUUUUUUUUACUUUACUCAAAUAAAAAUAAGGAUAGAGUUAGUACCAAUAGCUCUUGGCUGGCGUACGUUCCUCUUUGAUGCCCAUUUCCUCCAUAAUAUCCAUUUCGAAGGUGGACAG